AUGGCGCCAAGUCAGACGGCUGUCUCUGGCCUGUUGCGCCAAGUGAUACAGCAUCAUCUUGACAACGCUUCUUACGACAACGCACUCUUCUUUGCCGAACGUUUCGUAGCCCAGGAUCCGCGCUCGAGUGAUGCUACGCACCUCCACGCCCUCUGUCAUUUGCGCCUGGGAGACUACCGCUCCGCCUAUGAUGUCGGAAAACCGAUGGGAUACCGUGGAACGAAUCUAGGAUGCGCCUGGGUAUUCGCGCAGGCAUGCUUGGCUUUAGAACGUUACAAAGAUGGCAUCACGGCACUCGAAAAAUCGAAAAUCCUCUGGUCCUCCAAGGGUAGCUUGGGAAAGAGCGGUACUCUCUUACGCACAAGCGGUCCAGAUGCAGCUGCCGUGCUGUGUUUACUCGGCAAGCUAUAUCGCGGUUACGACGACAAGAAGAAAGCAGCCGGCGCUUUUGAGGAAGCCCUCAAGCUCAACCCUUUCCAGUGGGAUGCUUUUACGGCGCUCUGCGACAUGGGUGUCAAUGUGCGCAUCCCCAACAUAUUUCGAUCCUCUGACUUGCUCGCUCGCAACUUCGACUCUGAAGCGGCCCCAGCUGCCAAAACGCCCGCCUCCCUGGCUAACUCUAGCACACUCGAGAUGGCACCCAAAAAGUCGUCAUUGCGGAGUCUCACAUCCGACCCGGGGUCUGACCCGUUCAACGUCGGCUUCUCCUUGUCUGAAGCAGCGAGCCCUCUUGCCGACGUCUUUUCAGAAUCCACAGACGGCGAUUUGCUGACGAAAAUCCAGAGCGCGCGACUGCGCCUUGGUACUUCAAGUAGCAAUUUGUCACUAUUUGACGUAACCGAAACACCCCCCGGGCCCUCUAAUGGAGACGCAUCCAACAGACUGGCUGGUGGCCACGAACCUCCCCAAGCGCCACCUCGACGAGCACGCCAGGCUCAAGGGAUAGAUGCAGGCUUCGAGGCGCCGCCACGCAUGAACUAUCGAUUGGGCGCUAAAAGAAGCACACGAUCAGAGGAUCGAGACGUGCAACAAGCUGUAGAGCCCAUGACUGACGCUCCGGCUCCGGCUGCCGGUACUACACGAGCGGCGGCUUUGUCGACGGCGGAUAGAAAACGAACACUGUCCGGUCAUCCCGUAUCACGCACAGCUAAUGUUGACGAUGCUGGCACGAGAAGAAGCGCACGACUUACUACGUUUAAGCCGUCUUCAAGGGCCAACUCUGGCGCUGCCACCAUCGGAGCUUCCGCCGGCCGUGAGUUGAAAAAAGCUAGGCCGCCCAUCUCCCGAAUUGUACGACCUGGCUCCAGUGGCGCCAAUGUUGGCCGCGUAGUCAGUGGCAAUCGAAAACCAAUAGAUGAUCACGCGGAUGUAGAUCACGGUGAGGCGUCACGCGUGCGUGAACCCGCAACCUCGACGCACACUGCAACACAACCCUUCCAACCACCCAAGCAGACGGACGAUGGAGCUAAGAUGGAGGAAGCCGUUCGAUACAUAAUGGAUGUAAUGAAGAAGCUGGGUAAUGGCUACUACUUCUUGUCGAGGUUCCAGUGCCAAGAAGCAUUGCAUGCACUGAACUCUUUGCCACUGGCGCAUCAGGGAACGCCGUGGGUAUUGGUUCAGAUGGGCCGCGCACAUUACGAGCAAGCCUCGUACGCGGAAGCUGAAAAGUUCUUCAGACGGAUGCGCGUACAAGCACCUUCGAGGCUCCAGGAUAUGGAAGUGUACUCGACCAUUUUGUGGCACCUCAAGAGAGAGACGGACUUGUCGUUCCUGGCUCAUGAGCUUGUCGAUUCGGCGUGGCACUCUCCGCAAGCCUGGUGCGCCCUGGGCAAUGCUUGGUCCUUGGCAAAGGACCCUGAACAAGCACUCAAGUGCUUCAAGAGAGCAACACAGCUGGACCCCAAAUUUGCGUACGCAUUCACGCUACAAGGACAUGAGCACGUCACCAACGAAGAAUACGAACAGGCACUGACUGCCUACCGACAAGCCAUUUCUGCCGAUAAACGCCACUACAAUGCAUACUAUGGCAUCGGUCGAGUGCAGGAGCGUCUUGGUGACAACGAAAAGGCACUAACCCAUUUCCAAGCUGCACAAUCCAUCAACCCGAACAAUGCAGUCCUUGUGUCUUGUAUUGGAACCGUGCUUGAAAGACAAAAACAGAUUAUGCCAGCGCUCAGGGCUUACACCAAGGCUGUCGAGCUUGCUCCCAGGGCAGCCAUGACGAGAUACAAGAAGGCGCAUGCGCUUUUGGCGAUUGGCCAGAUUGAGGAGGCUGAGAAGGAACUGGUCAUUCUCAAAGAUCUGGCGCCGAAUGAGGGACAUGUCCAUUUUUUGCUCGGAACAUUGUAUAGGAGCAUGAAUGACCGGCAAUUGGCGGUUCGCCACUUUACCAUUGCACUAGCGUUGGACCCAAAGGCUGGCCCGAUGAUUAAGGAGGCAAUUGAACGCUUCGAAGACGAUAUGCCCAUGGACGACUCGAUGAUGACGUGA